AACUCGCAUGCUACUUCCCAUUUAAUAAACCACAAUUACUCCAUCUCAGAGUCUCAGACCCACUGACUCACAAGUUAGUUAGAGACUUCCAGUAGAACAGCCAAAAUUUCCAUUUCUCAUUAUUAUCUCUCGCUCGCUCUCAUUUCCUUCCUUGCUUCCCUUGAAAUUUAACAGUUGCAGAUCGAAACGUGUCUUCAUAUCACAUAAUUGUUCUCCUUUUCAAAGGAAUCUGACCUUAGUAUUCCUUCGUUCUUCUUUUGUUGUUGUGCCGUCGAAGCAAAAGAAUUGAGCACGCACCACGGCAGUGAUUGAUAAAUCCACAGCUUAGCCUUAGCCCUGCUUCACAAGAAUACCCAAUGGGUCGCCGGUAAAAUUAAGCCAUGUUAGAUUUCAUCGACGACCUUACCUGUUUAUUCUUGCUUCUAUUGCUGGGGAUUUCCGGCAUUGAAAUCGAAGCUGAGAGUGAAACGACUGAAUUCGACUUGAGUACUUCAACGCUUGGUAGUCUGAAGCUGCUCGGAGAUGCCCAUUUGUACAAUGGCAGCGUACAUCUCUCCCGUGAUCUAAGCGUCCCUUAUUCCGGCUCUGGCAGGGUUUUAUACAGUGACCCCAUCAGAUUCCGGCAGUCUGGCAGCCAUUCUCCGGUGUCCUUCUCCACUUUCUUCUCUAUCUCCGUUAUCAAUCUCAACCCAUCCUCGAUUGGUGGGGGACUAGCUUUCCUCCUCUCUCCCGAUGACGAGACAAUCGGUGAGGCCGGUGGGUUUCUGGGCCUGGGCGAUGGCCAGGGUUCUCUGUCCGGCUACGUUGCGGUUGAAUUCGACACGUUGAUGGACCUGGAGUUCGAGGACAUUAACGACAACCACGUGGGCUUGGAUGUAAACGGCAUGGUUUCUGCUCAGGUGGGUGAUUUGGGUGCCCUGGGGAUCGAUCUUAAGAGCGGGGAUCUCGUGAAUGCUUGGCUCGAUUAUGAUGGUUCUGCUCGUCUGUUUAAUAUUUCCGUCUCUCUCUCCAAUCUCCGUCCACCCGAUCCCUUUUUGUCCUUCCAUCUCGACUUGGAUCGCCUUGUCAACGAUUUCAUGUUUGUGGGGUUCUCUGGUUCCACUCAGGGGAGUACAGAGAUUCACAGUGUCCAAUGGUGGAGCUUUAAUUCUUCAUUUACCGCUUCUUCUUCUGCUACUAAUUCUGGGUCUGAUUCGUCCCUUUCAUCGCCGACGCCUAUUCCUUUUUCCCCAAUGGCAAAUGCUUCCAAUCUCCCACCUCCAUCUCCGGUACCACCUCCUUCAGUUUCAAACUCUUCGAUACCAGAAAAGACCAGAAAAUCCUCAUCCUGCCAUAACCAGCUAUGUAAGCAACGGCCCGGGGCGGUUGUAGGGGUGGUAACAGCCGGAGCGUUUUUUCUCGCCAUGUUCGCCGGUAUUCUUGUCUGGGUUUUCUCCAAAAGGGUCAAACCUCCUAAAACUUCAGUCUCUCUAGCAUCGGAGAUCGUCAAAACCCCAAAAGAGUUCAGCUACAAAGAGCUCGUCAAGACCCCAAAAGAGUUCAGCUACAAAGAGCUGCAAUUGGCAACGAGGUCCUUCAAUACGGACAGAAUUAUAGGAAAUGGAGCGUUUGGGACUGUGUACAAAGGUAUUAUCCCAGAAACUGGAGCAAUGGUGGCGGUGAAGAGAUGUAGUCAUAGUGGAGGUCACGGAAAGGCAGAGUUUUUAUCUGAGCUUUCAAUAAUUGGGAGUCUCAGGCAUCGGAACCUUGUACGGCUCCAAGGCUGGUGCCAUGAGAAAGGUGAAAUUCUUCUCGUCUAUGAUUUCAUGCCCAAUGGAAGCCUCGAUAAAGCAUUGUUCGAGUCCACAUCUCCCCUCCCAUGGCAUUACCGGCGAAAGAUUUUAAUGGGUGUGGCCUCUGCCAUGGCCUACCUGCAUCAGGAAUGCGAAAACCAGGUAAUUCACAGGGACAUCAAGACCAGUAACAUAAUGCUUGACGAAGCCUUCAAUGCCAAACUAGGAGACUUUGGUUUGGCGAGACAGAUGGAGCAUGACAAGACACCUGAUGCCACUGUAACUGCAGGCACAAUGGGUUACUUGGCCCCUGAGUACCUCCUCACAGGGAGAGCAACAGAGAAGACUGAUGUGUUCAGCUUUGGAGCUGUAGUACUGGAAGUGGCCAGUGGGAGGAGACCCAUUGAGAAAGAGACUAAUAGGGUUGAAAAUGUUGGGGUCAGCAGUAAUUUGGUGGAGUGGGUUUGGAGUUUGCACAGAGAAGGGAGACUCUUGGGUGCAGCUGAUGCAAGACUAGGUGGUGAUUUUGAUGAUGGAGAGAUGACAAGUGUGCUCUUAAUGGGUCUGGCAUGCUCUCACCCUGACCCAUUGGCUAGACCUACAAUGAGAGGUGUGGUUCAGAUGCUAGUGGGUGAGGCUCAAGUGCCCAUGGUCCCAAGAUCAAAGCCUUCUAUGAGUUUCAGCACUUCCCAUCUGUUGAUGACCUUGCAGGACAGUGUCUCUGAUAUUAAUGAAAUGUUGAUAACCCACUCAAACUCCUCCUCCACAGGCCACAGCUUCAAUGGAGGAGAACUGGUUUGAUUGCCAUUAACUCUCUUUUCUUUUUUCCCCUGCAAUACUGGGAAUAAUCCCUCGUUGAAAACUCUGGGGGAUCUUGCUGAUUUCAUACACAGAUGGGCCCUCCAUUCUUGGAAUUAUCCAAGAAUUUAUAAAUAUACAAGUACUUGUUUUUGUAUUUAUAAUACAACAGACAGCUUGAAAAUA